GUCAACCUUGAGGGACAACUUUUCAAAGAUUUGAUGAAGGGCUACAACAAGAACGUGCAACCGAAUGAGAAAAAUGGAAACGUCACCCAAGUCUCCAUCAAGAUGACCCUCACCAACCUCAUCUCUCUGAAUGAAAAAGAGGAGGUUCUGACAACCAGCGUGUGGAUAGAAAUGGCCUGCUGUGUGCAGGUUUGGUGUGACUACAGACUGAGGUGGGACGAACCACCGAGAUCAGAUCUAUACGGGAACAUAACAUCUCAGCUACGGGUUCCCUCCAAAAACAUCUGGCUGCCCGACGUCAUAUUAGAAAACAAUGUGGAUGGACAAUUUGAGGUWGCAUAUUACUGUAACGCACUGGUAUCUCCGGACGGCUGUGUGUACUGGCUGCCUCCCGCCAUCUACCGCAGCGCCUGCGCCAUCACAGUGAACUAUUUUCCCUUUGACUGGCAAAACUGCACAAUGGUCUUCCGAUCCCAGACUUACAGYGCCAGUGAGAUUGAACUGAAGCUCCAAAAGAAAGAUAACUACACACUGGAGUGGGUGGAAAUUGAUAAAGAAGCUUUCACAGAGAACGGCGAGUGGGCGAUCAAACACAGACCAGCCAAGAAGAUAAUCAACACUCAGUAUACCAAAGACGACCUGGAGUACCAGCAGAUUGUUUUCUUCCUCAUCAUCCAGAGAAAACCUGUUUUCUACGUCAUCAACAUUAUUGUCCCCUGCGUACUCUUCUCCUCCCUCGGCCUCCUGGUUUACUUUUUACCUGCCAAAGCUGGUGGCCAGAAGUGCAACAUGGCUAUUUACUCUCUCCUGGGCCAAACCGUGUUUCUCUUBCUGAUCGCUAAGAAAGUACCGGAGACGUCAAAAGCAGUUCCUCUUAUUGGAAAAUAUCUGAUGUUUGUGAUGUCAGUGACCACCGUUGUAAUAAUAAACUGCGUGAUUGUCCUCAACGUGUCCUUACGAACCCCAAACACUCACAAAAUGACAAACAAAGYUCGCAAGAUCUUCCUGAACGUGUUGCCUCAGCUGCUCAGGAUGAGGAUGAAACCCUGGACGCCAAGCUGUGAAAGAGCCUCUGAAACCACUGAAGGAAAAACUCCCGGCAGAGACAGAAUCCACAGCCGGCGCCGCAGCUCCGUCGCCCUCAUCGCCAAAGCAGAGGAAUAUUUAGUAAAAGUGGCUCGAUCUGAGCUGAUGUUUGAAAAACUCAAAGAGAGGAACGGAUUAAUGAAGUCGGUGUUAGAAAAGCUUCACGGUGGACUGAAAGGAGGCACAGCGGAGCAGCUCAGCGUCAGUCUGGCUCAGGCCUCUCCSGAGCUGAGGCAGUGYGUGGAAUCCUGCAAACACAUAGCAGAGACCGCAAGGCAGCAGAGCAGCUUCCAGAGUGAAAAUGAAGAAUGGUUCCUGGUUGCUCGGGUGAUCGACAGGGUCUGCUUUAUCAUCAUGGCGUUGGUGUUUUUCAUCGGCACGACCGGCAUCUUCCUAAUGGGCCAUUUCAACCAGCCUCCCUCCAAACCGUUCAGUGGGGAUCCAAAGGAGUAUCUCCCUCCAUUAGAGAACCUCACCGACGUAACAGAAUAGGAGCGGGACACAGGAAGUAGGAAAGCCUCGGGACUUUCACUUGAAAUACAAACACGGCUUCCAGCGUCGCUGAACUGAACUCUGAAAGCUGCAUCAGGAUCAUAGGCGAGAGCUGCAGCGCCCGCAUCCUUGAGUGUARGCUACUGAACACAAUGCAGAACCCGUAACCUGAUAUGCAUUUCAUUAUUUUCUGGUUGUGAGAAAGUAAGGUGUGUUGACUUUCGCUGUUCGUGUUCAUUGUUCAUAUGCAAUAAACAAAUAAAAGCACAUUCUAA